AUGGGUGAGUUUGACAGAGGAGUCAAGCCUGGCAAUGCCUACCUUUCAGACUUGCCGCGCAUCGUCGACGGCGGAAUCAAAGCCCCUGAACUAUACGACCGAGGACGUCUGAACAAGCUAGAAGAUGAGGCAGAAAAGUUGCGACAAGUCAUAGAAGACAAGCAAGCACGCAAACGCAGAGGACUUAAAGAAUGGGCCAAGCUCAGCCGUGAGAGCGAGACUGCGAGUUUCAGAGCGCAGUUGGCCGAUGAGAAUGUGAGAGCGCUUGCUGGAGAGAGUGAUGGCGGUGCUGCUUUUUGA